UUGUGCUGUGGAGGGGAAUGGUGCUACGUGGAGAGGCGCUGCUCUCUUGGCCUCCCUCCCGCGCUGUAAACUUUCCCGCGCUCGCGAAAGCAUCUCAAGUGCUUUGAAAUACUCAAAUAACACGAUAAUCUAGAACAACUAUUAACAUAAUCUAGAACAAUUAUUAACAUAAUAAUCUAGAACAUUAUUUGUCACAUAUAUUGCUCUGGAAAUGGCUUGAUGUUAUAUAUAAAAUCCAUCUCGACCUCUUAGAAAAUAUAUAAUGUUGAAAAUUAAGAAAAAUAAAUAAUAAAGCAACUAAUAUGCAGAAGUGAAUUAAUAAUAUGUAGAACUCUAUAACAAGCGGCCUGGAUCCUCUCUGAGACUCGAAGAGGCGUCAGUUAACGAUGUGAUAGAGGCGUGAAGGAUCCCGGUGACCCACGAACACAGUGGAAGCCAAUUAAGGUGGCUGUGUAACAGAGCAACAGAGCAUCAGGGCGGUGGCCAACAUGACACAGGCGGUCAUGAACUGUGUAACACAGCCAAGGACCGGGUCAACACCCUACGGGACACAGACAACCAGUCGAGAGACUGUGUAGCACAGCAGAGCUCCUGGCCUAGUGACCAACCCGACUCAAGCGGUCUUUAUCUUUGCUAUAUAGCAUAGCUGACGUCUGGAAUAGAUGCACGAGAGUGAUGUACAGCUGCUCUACCCCCCCUUCUUCUGUGGCUACGUCACCUCCUCCCCAGCAUGGAUAUAUAUGUAUAUAUAAAUAUAUUUAUAUAUAUUUAUACAUAUGUAUAUUUACCUACACAUUGAAGGAAAUGUGUUUCCAUUGGGCAGGUUAAUGGUUGUUUGAGUGAGUUAAACGAGCCUCGUUCCGCCAUGGGCCGGCGUGGGAGAGGCCCAGGCAGCGCACCAGCGUGGGAGAACGCACACGGGAGGUGGCCGUGCCGCGUGCCAACCGCAACAGUCUGGUGCAUCGUAUGACGUUCUGCUGCUGGUGCCUCGGUGUGAUGGACUCCCGGGUCGUGCUCCAUCCUACCAUCCCCAGCUUUGGCCAUCCCACUGUCUACUUCUAUCCUACAGUAUCUCCGCGCGUGGUGGUGGUGCCCAUCUUGUCUUGCAUCAUUGGCUUCCCCUUGUUGGUGCUCCUGGUGAUCUGUGGCCUCAGGUACCGCGCCAGGCGGGCUCGAAUCUCAGCUAAGAAAGCUCACAGUGUGGAGUCAUCAGUGCUGGAGCUGACGUCGGGCCCCUCCAUCCUGGCGAGCCGGUACAGCAAUGGCAAAUCCCACCGCCAGAAGAGGAAGAAGGCGCUUGUGAGGUUUAAGCCCAUGCCAGAGAUCGACCUGGACACCGUCGUGGAGGAGAAGUCGGAGUUCGAUGCUGAGGUCACAGCCUCUGACCUCCUGACGACCCCAGACGAGCUGAUUGUGCCGGAGGAGACCUCCUUCCCAGCCUCCUUCAGGGCCUACAGGUACAUGGGCCCGGUACAGCAGGCAAUACUCUCCCCCAUCAAGACCUCGCCGUACAGGACUCCUCCUCAUGGGGCCACCAAUCUGGAGCACGUCAGUGAGGAGAUGAAUGUUGAGGAGGAUGAGAUGAUGGGCAACAGCGACGAUGAGCGUCUUGACGACUUUGAUGAGGACGAUGGUGACAGUGUAGAUGCUGCUGAAACAGGCAGCGUCGACGACCUGAACGAUGAUGAUGAUGAUGAUGAUGAUGAUGGUGAGGCUCCCACCAGCGGCGGCAGCAGUGAUAGUGAGACGGUCAAUGCGUGUUUUUCACUAUCGCCAAAACAGGUCAAUAAAUCCCCCACUGGAGUCCACCUCGCUCUCAAGAAAUUGGACGGGGCGGUGAAACGUCGGAAUUCAAGUCCCGUAAAGGUCAAUUACUGUAAGAGCAAAGGUCAGCGUAGCUCGGGAAAGGUCAACCACAGUUACGCGAGCGACGAGGACAGUCCUCAGCCUAUCAGAGUUGGCUUCGACUACAUAGACCGCGAGCUUAUGCCCGAAAUAUCGCCGCGAACUCGGUCGCACUCCGUCAAGCACCCGAGUCGCAGAGCUGCCUCUUUUACCAUCAAGAAGCGCCACGGCGAGUCCCUCAAGCUCAGAAGCAAGAGUUUUUCAAGAAGUAUGUCCCACGGGCAGGAUGGGCAGGAGCAUAGGCCUAGGGUACACCAGCGAGGGCCUCACAGCGGUGAACAACUACACAACGGUGUUCUCGAGUGCGAUGUUCACGCCGUGAGUGAGAACAGUGGACUGGAGAGUUCCACCGGUGAACAGAUCUCCAGCAACAGGAGCAGCGGUGAUGGGAUGAGUUCGAAGACAGUGUCUGAGACGGAUAUUUUCCCAAACGGCAACGAAACGUACUGUUCGAGGUCGCUGAGGGAUCCCCACUCUUCUGGGUCUUUCAGGGACCUUCGGCCCUCAGGGUCCUUUAGGGACCCCCGCCCCUCAGGGUCCUAUAGGGACCUUCGCCCCUCAGGGUCCUUUAGAGAACCCCGCCCCUCAGGAUCCUUCAGGGACACCAACACCUUAGGAAUUUCUAGAGACCCGCAUAGAACAGGGUCUUUCAGAGACCCCCAAUCCUCGAAGUCCUCCCGGGACCCUUACAGAUCAAGGUCAUUUAGGGACUCCCACACCUCAAGGUCCUUCAGAGACUCCCAAACCUCAGGGUCCUGUGAAGAGUCCCAUGCCUCGGACCGCGGAGGCUGCACACAUCUCCUCAAAGACGAUCGAGAUGCCUCGGAAAGUCCGAUGAAAAGACUGUUGCCACAGAGUUUGAGAACAGUGUAUGGAGAGACUCUAGACGCUAGAGAACUCUACCAAGUGCCUCCCAUCAUCACCGAGGAGAGUGCCGUUGAGUGCCAACAGGAAAACAGAGCGAUGUCGCCUCCCUCGACACUAGACGUAACCUUUGCGAACGAAAGUGCGUUGAAAGACCCCGACAACGAGGCCGGGCAACAGUGCCACAGGUGCCUGGACAAAAGCGAGAGAGAUAACGAGAGGAGUACUCUCGUUUGACACAAAAGCUGUGCCACUUUUAUACGUGUAAAUGCUUGAGGAAAAAAAGUACAUAGAAACCUCAAAAAGUGUCCCCCCCCCCCCCCGUCUUUUGACUGUACAUGAUCUUAUCAGCUCUGACUUAAUUAUAUCUUAGAUAUUUCACUUAUAUUAUUGCUUACUUAAACUGGUGCUUGCAUAUUUGCAGCUUUAAUAACAUAAGAAUAUCUUCCAAUAUAUAUAUAUAUACACACACACACACAUAUAUAUAUAUAUA